AUGUUCGUCAGAAUUGUCCCUUUCGCGAAUCGGAAAGAGGAACUGCUACAUCAGAUUCCAUGGCUACACAAAGUUAUUCCUCCAGAGAAACUGAGCAACCCCGAAAUCCAGACUAGUAAUGGCAGACCCCUUGUAACCCUUAUGGUAGACGGGCACCCUCUUCGCUGUUUAAUUGACACUGGAAUCCCGUCGAUGACACAAACCAACGCUGGAGUAACAGGCACCACAUUAUCAGUAACUGGAGAAGUAGAUGCAAUAUUUUCUGUUUCUGCACGGGAGUCUUUUGUUCAUCGUGUGUGUAUAGUCGACGGCCUUUCAUUCCCUGGUGAGCUUUUGAUGGGGACAGACUUCCUGAGACGAUUUGAAUACAGUCUUGUAGGUGGUCCAUCCUCACAGUCUGGUCAUCUUCAGCUUGAUAAGGUCAUCCUACCAGUCACUUAUACAAAUACAUCAUCUCUAGGAGUUCAUGUCAUCUCUAAAAGUGUUAUUUCAAGAAAUGGUAGACAACCAGGUCUUUCCAGUGACUCGACCGACACUUGUAACGGCACCAUAUAUGUUCGGAAGAGAGUGACCGUUCCUUCUAGGUCUGGUAGAUUUAUUCCAGUUGUGGGUCCUUGUGAUAAAAGUGAACAUUAUUUCGUGAUUGAACCAAUAUCAACUGUUGUGGCAAUUCCUUCUGCUGUCCUCUCCCCUAAGAAAGACCUUUUAAUAUGGAGACAUCAACCUCCUCCUGAAAGCUUGGAGGCGGUCGAAACAGACGUUAAUCCCAGUUCUCCCACAGAGCAUCUUGAUUUAUCCCUAGACGAUUUUGACAAAUUGUAUGGUGAACAAGAUUUUGGCUAUAGUGAUGAUCAAUUCAUGGUCUUUCCAGUAUCUUCUCUUGAUCAUGAUAGUGAGAAGAAUGAUGUUCCUGCUGUUUCAGUGACAACCCUGACAAAUUUGCCUGCUGCUGAUGAAAUCAGUGAUAAAGUAACAUUGCCAUGUCUUGACCAUUUGGAUGUUUAUGAGCGAACUAUACCAACAGGAGAUGCUGCACCAACAGUUAUACGUCAGUGGAGACUUCCUCAUACGGCAAGGCAAGUUAUCAGGGAACAGUGUGAUAUGAUGGAGAAAGCUGGAGUGAUAGAGCCAUCAACGAGCCCUUGGCUUUCGCCAAUUGUACUUGUGAGGAAGAAGGAUGGUUCUAUAAGAUUUUGUGUGGAUUUUAGGAACCUUAAUGCAUGGGCAGUACUGACAAAUUAUCCUUUACCUCCAGUUCAGCAAAUGUUAGAUGAGCUCAAUGAUUCUACUAUCUUCACUUCUCUUGAUGCUCGAAGUGCAUAUUGGGCUAUUCCAGUAGCACCAGAUGAUAGACCAAAAACAGCUUUUUCAGAUGGUGCUAGAGUGUUCCAUUCUGCAGGAUGCCGUAUGGACUUCGUACUGGGGUUACAGCAGCAUCUCAAAGAUUUGAAAGAAACCAUGGAUUUAAUCCAUGCUGCUGGCCUUAGACUAAAUCCAGACAAAUGUGAGGUUGCAGUACGCUGCUUCAAGUUUUGGGGACACCUCAUUUCCGAGGAGGGAAUACUACCAGACCCUGAUAAAGUCUCCACCAUAGCUGAUAUGCCUAGACCUAAGGAUGCAAAAGGUUUAACUCGCAAAGACGCAAAGUUUCAAUGGAACUCGGAUGCUCAGCAGUCAUUCGACAAGCUUAAGGAUGAUUUAGUUUCUGCCCCAGUCCUUCGUAACCCAUGUUAUGAGAAGCCUUUUGAGGUACAUACUGAUGUUUCUAAAGUGGCUGUAGGUGCUUGUCUUAUGCAACGGGAUGAUUCAGGUAUUGUCCAUGCUGUUGCGUAUUAUAGCAGGAAGUUACGAGGAGCAGAGACGCGUUACUCGGCAACAGAUAGUGAAGCUUUAGCUGUAGAGGAAGCUCUAAAGCUUCACUAUCUGUUGCCGAGUAACGCGUCUCUGCUCCUCGUAACUUCCUGCUAUAAUACGCAACAGCAUGGACAAUACCUGAAUCAUCCCGUUGCAUAA